GGAGUACAAGUCUGAAUUCAUUUAAUUAAACUAGCUUUUGUAAUACACACAAUUCGUCUGUAAUCAUGGAGCCUCUGCAGAUCAAUAGUGGCGAGGAUUAUGUUAAAGUCAAUAUAUCGAAUUCCAAAAAUGAUAGCAUCGCAUUGGAUUUGAAGUUUGCAAAAAGCCUGACAAUUGGCCAACUGAAGUGCAAAUUGGAAAUCAUAACAGGCGGCAAUGCGGGCACAAUGCAAUUGGAGUUGUAUAAUGGUGAUCGGCUGGUCACAAGUCUGCAUGAUGACACCGUCUUAUUGGGUGCGUUGCCCAUAGAGACAGGUAUGCGCAUACAUGUAAUCGACAACUUCAAUUGGAUAGUGGAUGUGGAGAAAUUCGAGUUAACCGAUGAGCAAUACGAAACCAAACAGGAUACAGUGCGUAAUUUUCUGAAAAAGAAUCGCAUGGGCAAAUACAAUGAGGAAGAGGCGCGUCAGAAAGAAGAAAAGCUGCAACGACAAAAACAGUUGGAGCAGGAGCGCGCUGAGUUGUGUACAAUCGGUGCGCGUUGUCAGGUGACAGUGCCUGGCAAUCCAGUGCGGCGUGGUGCCGUACGUUACAAUGGGCCAAUUGAGGGCAAGAAGGGUAUUUUUAUUGGUGUGGAGUACGAUGAGCCACUUGGCAAGAAUAAUGGAAGCAUUGAUGGCAAAUCCUACUUUACAUGCGCACCAAACUACGGUGGCUUUGUGCUACCAACUGCUGUGGAGGUUGGUGAUUUCCCACCAGAGGAUACUGGACUCGAGGAAGAUGAGAUUUAAACUGCAUACUUGAAGUAUACACUCGGCAUUUGUGAUUGAUUUUAUUUAAAAAAGAACUUAGGUGUUAACCACAUAGUAACGUACAUACAUAUAUUUUAUAUAAUGCUAAUUUUGUGUAGCAAUUUAAAUUAUUUUUGACGCAGAUGGCGUAUAAUGAAAUAAAAACUUAUAAACUCAA